CGUACAGUUUAGCACGAAGUAUCAAUAAAUAAACAAACCUGCUCACUUUACAAUCAUUUAGCAAUUUUAUAUACCUAUACUAGUCAACGCAACCUACUUUACUUACUAAGUUUUAGAAAGUGCCUAACUAUGUACACAAUACCGUUAUUCGUGUUCGCGUAGUGAAUUACGAAAUAUAGCAGUCUGCGCUGUUUCUUGUUGCUUUCUGUUUAGUCCAAAUUUUUAAAAUCGUAAUUUUAGAAUGUUAAAUAUUCUAGAUAUUAUUUUCUUAGGCUUAGCUUUCACUGCGACAAUAACUGGAGUUUUAAUUAAUAAUUUCGAAAAACAUGUGCCGCCUUUUAUAAUUAAGGGAUAUAGAUAUGGAAGUUUCGCAUAUAAAGGGUCAGAUGCCAAUUUUCUACAAGUAAUAGAAGUGCCUAAAGCCUGGUACCGGCAUUUUUAUUUAUUUUCUUCUGUGUUCGGAGUGGCAACGUUGGCUUAUAUGAUAUUGGUGUACUACUUCAAUUUUACUGUAAACCACUUUUUUACAAUUAUACUGAGAUUGUUACUGGAGCAAGAUGAACCUGCAGUGUCAGCGACAGCAGCAGUGAUUGCAAUGACUCUACUGACAAUACAAUGUAUAAAAAGACUGUACGAGACAUAUCUCAUCCAAGUGUUUGCCAAAUCGAGUAAAAUGAAUCUCAGCCAUUAUUUAGCUGGUAUUAUUCACUAUUUUGCAUGCAUUAUAGCAACAGUCGGACAGGCUCCUUUAUUCUGUGGUAAUCAAAACAGACAGAACGUUAAUUGGAAUGAUACCCGUACAUCAAUCUUAGUUGUUCCCUGCUCUAUUAUAUUUCUGCUCUCCUGGUAUGAACAAUUGAAGACGAAUAUUAUAUUCGCGAAUUUAAGAAAAGAUAAGAAAUCCGGUGAGGUGGUCACCGAAGACCAUGGUGUACCUAAUGGAAGGUUGUUCAGUCACAUAUCGAGUCCGCACAGAUUGUGCGAGAUAAUUAUAUAUACAGCUUUAUUGUUUUUGAUACCAACGAAAACAUUCUUCUGUAUAUACCUGUGGGUUCUGGGGAAUCAGAUACAAACAGCCAUCCAAGCUCAUGAAUGGUACAAGAAGACAUUCAAAAACUACCCUACAAAUAGGUUCGCUGUAUUUCCCCAUUUGUUAUAAGUUACAACUUUAUAAGACUGAGAAUUGAGGCCGAUUCCAAAACGCCCUUCCCUAAAAUUCCAAUAACUAGAAUUUUAUUCUUAAUUACGUGAAGCCUUUAGCUUUGAAUUAUUUAUAAACGAUCUCUUAAUUAUCGUAAGAAGUAUAUUUUACCAAUAUAGACUACA